AUGGCGAACGGUGGACACGGAGUGGUAGUGAACGGGGUGGGUGCACCAGGUGCUGGCACCCUUUCGCGCGAAGAAAGACGUCGACGCAGAAGAGCGACGCAGAAAUAUCGAACAGCACACGCAACGAGAGAAAGGGUGAGAGUGGAAGCGUUCAAUCUGGCGUUUGCGGAACUUAGAAAACUUCUUCCAACUUUGCCACCGGACAAGAAGCUGUCGAAAAUUGAGAUUCUACGACUGGCCAUCUGUUAUAUCGCCUAUUUGAAUCAUGUCCUCGAAGCUUGA